AUGCAAAACGUUACUUUCAAUACCUCUAAUAUUUUUUCUCUGGACCUAGAUGUUGUCAACACAACGUCAAAUGGUACGAAGGAAACUGGAGGCGAGGAAAAUCUUAUCUUACCUAAUCACUCAUUAUCUUUUGACAAUUUUGUGUACACAAACUUUUCAUUUGGAGAACCACUGUACAGGCUUAGUAAUCCUGCCAUAGGAGUACUUUUGGCAACAUUUAGUCUAGUAGUUGUGAUCGGAAAUCUAAUGGUUAUUUUUGCCGUGUACCGAGAAAUAUAUCUACGGACAGUUACCAAUUACUUUAUUGUUUCCUUAGCCAUCGCAGAUGUUAUGGUUGGAGGUGUUGUAAUGCCUUUUAGCAUAAGCAAUGAACUGACCAAUUCUGUAUGGCUUUAUGGGCAAGCCUGGUGUGAUAUGUGGCGAUCUCUUGACGUUCUCGCGUCAACAGCAUCCAUUUUAAACCUUUGUGUCAUUUCUUUAGAUAGAUAUUGGGCUAUAACUGAUCCAAUAGCAUAUCCUAGCAAAAUGUCUAACAGCAAAGUUUGCAUCCUGAUAGCUUUAGUAUGGUUUUGUUCUGCUGGAAUUUCCUUUCCAGCCAUCGCUUGGUGGAGGGCAGUUACGCCAAUGGAUUUACCGAAACAUCAAUGUUUGUUUACAGAGGAUAGUGCAUAUUUAAUAAUAUCUUCUGUCGUUUCAUUUUAUGUGCCAACCAUCAUUAUGAUGUUUGUUUAUUGUAAAAUAUAUCGUGCUGCACUAGCACAAACUGAAGGAAUCAAAAGUGGUUGCAAAGUUACGUCUGAUUGUCCAAGAGGAGACAACGGAGAAGUUAUGACUCUAAGAAUUCAUAGAGGAGGAUAUCGGCUACGGAACGAGCUAACAUCAACGAGUAAUAGUUAUGACCAUCGUAAUAGUGACAGUGAUGGAGAAAGCCCACUGAAUACUCGUCAUCAUGUCUUUCAUCACAAUAGUCAUGAUCAUAACCCACGUUCAUCCACUUUUAUCACCAAAAAAAUUCGUCAUUUCGCCAUUAGUAAGAAAAUAACAAAGCUAGCAAGAGAACAAAAAGCGGCAAAAACACUCGGAAUCGUCGUUGGGGUAUUCAUCAUUUGUUGGGUGCCCUUUUUCUGUGCAAAUGUGCUGUAUGGAAUUUGCCAUGGUGACUGUGUCUAUAUGCCAGAUAUUCUGUUUCCCGUGUUUACAUGGCUCGGAUAUUUAAAUUCCGGAAUGAAUCCAAUUAUUUAUGCACUUUCAAUGAAAGAUUUUCGCAGGGCUUUUAGUAAGAUGAUAUUUUGCUGUCCUCGUUACCGACACAACCAGAGCAAACGUCAUGCAUAUAGUCAAACGAAUAGUCUAUCAACUUCAAGUUUUUCGGUAAACUGCAAUGACAGGUGUGUAGCUUUGAGAAUGUAG